AUGGGCACCCAGCACCUUUGCUGCAAGGGCUUUUGCACAAAGGGAGUAAAUAAGGCAUCGGCUAUUCGAACUAGUGAAGACCCGAGCAGUAGUGUAGAAAAGUUGAGUAGCACCAGCACCAGCACCAGCACUUCGACCACAACCAGCACCACAACGACCACUACUACCACAACAACCACUACAACCCCGAGUACCACAACCACCAGUUCGACAACGACCACCACAACGCCAGCGCCAACCACCACUACGACUACGACAACUGAAGCGCCCAGACCAUUCUUCCAGUUGCUGCCCAUUCAGAGCACUCCAUCAACCCCAGCUGCACCUGCUAAAAUUGGGAAGACGCAAAAGUUUGUGUGCCCCAAGAAUCCGGCACCAGUGGUACUGUUCCCUAUUCCCUGCGAAAGCAAUUCACAGUGCCGCGCCAGCAGCGGUGCGGAUCAGGUGUGUUGUCAAGGCCGCUGCGUGAAGGGGGAUCCGGCCCCACGGCCGACUGUGCAGCAAUCGCACCAACCCCUUCUGGGCGUGAUCCCGCGGGAGUGUCCGGAGGCGCCGCUGGGCGAGCUGCUCUUCGAUGUGCAGUCGUGCAAGUCGGACGCGGACUGUUGGCCGCGCGUGUGCUGCCCCGACGGCACCCGCUCGUACUGCCGCACGGCACGAGCGCGCCUCGACCUAGUGCCAGUGGCGAACGCGAUCGACGGACCUCUACGGUCAUUUGAACAGUAUCUGCAGUGUACAACGCCACCUCAAUAUGAUCCAUUUCCACAAAAGUGCAGUUCUAGCGUAGAUUGUUUCCCAAAUUUGUGUUGCGCCGAAGGUGGCAAGAAACACUGCCGACCUCCACAACGUAGUUUGUUCUCUCUGCUUGCUGGAGUAACUCAGAGAUUUGGA